AGUAAUUUUCGUUCUUUGAUUUUAGAUUUACGUGAAAAGUUUGCAGCCCUCUAAAUUGUUGAUUAUAAAAUAUUUCAAUGAGAAAUAAACCAAUAAAAGUGCCUAAACAUAUAAAAUAAAUGAAAAUUAUCAAAAUAUUUUCCAAGUGUUUGAUAUUAGUAAGGAUAUUAAAGUGAAAUCCUCAAUAAAGUUAACUAAAUUUUGUCUACGUCUGUAAAUGCAGAAAAGUAAAGCGAAAAGUGUAUGGGCAAAAGCAAUUUAGGAAAGAAAACAAAAUCAGUGCAAAAGCAAAAGCAAGUAGAAAAAAAGAACGUAAUCGAAACGUAGGAAGAAAAACGGAAUCUCGCUGUGUUGUUUACGUCGGCAUCGGCAGUGACGUCGACGUCUCGUAUUGUUUUUCGUUUUAUGUUGUGUUGUUGUUUUUGUUUUCGCACCAAGCGGAUGCGGUGGGUAGCUAGCAAAUACAAUACCUCAGCGGCAAUACCGAACAAGCAGAUUUAAACGAGAAAGUGCCCAAAAGAGGAGAACAAAAAUACACACACAGAAGUGCACACACACACUUGCGCAUAGAAAAAGAAGAAAAGGCAAAAUCAAAUCAAAUUAAAUGGUUGAAUGUGAGGUGCUAUUUUUGUUGUAUUCGUCUGUGGUGCAUUCACACUUUGGGUGUGCAACUGCUGUGUAGGAUAGAAGUAGCGGCAGUGGCAUCAAUAGCAACAGCAACAACAAAAAACAAUUGAGUAGUGCCCUGUAAGAAUAGCAGCUUGCUAUUCUGGUUUUUUUUUUUGUUUUUGCUUCGAUUGAACAAACUCAGUGGGAGUAUGUGUGUGUGCAGCAACAGCGAAGUGAAAAUCAGGCAAAUGAAAAUGAUUACAAAGCGGGCGGACAAACAUUGUCGACGACACUGAGGCUGCGGCAGUCAGUGUGGCGUUGUGGUUUAAUACGUUUAUAUCGUUAUUACGAAUUGGGCGCAAACGCUGUAACUUUGCGCAUAGAAAUUACCACAAACUAUUUCUUAAGUGUUGUGUAAAAAACGUAUAAAAUACAUGAAAAUAUUAAAGAAAAAAUGCUUUAAAUUAAUGAGAAAUAUGUGUUAAAAUUUUUAUAAAAGAAAUAUAAAAACUUGCAGAAAAUAGUGAAUUUAAUAAAUACAAUCUGUGUCCAGUUUUUAUUUGACAAAAUUAAAUUGCCGAGUUGCUUAAAGUGUACAAUAAGGAUUUUAUUUUCGAGAAAAUAAAAGGAAAUUUAAUUUAAUAACUAAACGGUGAAACUAUUGGAUUGAUGCCUUACACUGAAAGUUAUUCGAAUGUUAUCGAUCUAUCGAUUAUGCAGAAUUGAAUGAAAAUGACAAUAUUGCGGAAAUUUGACACCGAAGCCACUGUGAGAGAUUUGAAACCUUUUGAAAUGGCUUAUGAAAAUCUUUCAUUAAAUUAAGCAACACAAAUUGACCGAGUAAUUUCUAAAUAAUCAGAAAAAUGCGAUACAACGCAUUUGAUUGUGAUUGCACAGUAAUGCAGCUGCAGCAACAAAAACAAAAACUACAAGAAUAUCAGAAUGUUCCAAUGCAACGACGAUCGAAGCAAACGCAGUCGACGCAAGUGCAGUGGUGUACAACGGAAGCGAAUACCGCGACUAUUAACAAAUAUAACAACAAUAACAAUGACGAUAGCAGCCCAGUCUGCAGCAGUAGUGAUUGGCACGCAAAAUUUGCAAAGCAAAGGCGAAGGAGCAAAAUGCCAAUUGCAGCGCAAAUAAAACAUGAAAAUAACAGCGCUAAUUAUUGUAAUUUGCAUAAAAUCAAUCGACUACUACUAAUUGUCGCUGCUGUCGCUUUGUUGAUAACACUGGCGGCAGCGGCAGCGACAACGGCACUGACAACAACUACAAAUGCAAGCGUCACGACUAGCACUGCAAUUAUGAUAGGAGCUUUGACAACAGCAACAACAACUACAACAACCAGCAUAUUGAGCAGCAGCAGUAUGACAAUAACAAUGUUUGUGUUGCUCGCACCCGUGUCGCUAAUUGGUCACAUGAAUAUGGCUGCAGCAGCCGCUGUACCCGCCUCGUCGCCGCUAUCAGCGCUGCAACAACAAAGACAAUUACAACAGCAACAAUUAUUUGCGAUGCUAACAAAAAAUCGCCAAGGCAAUGUGGCUGUGACUGGUGGCGGCGGCGGGGGUAUCGCUGGAAUGGAAGUUGGCGUCGGUGGCGAAGAUGCCGCAAUUGCGACCGCAUUAACUGCAGGAUUAGUACCCAAACAUUUUCUAGCCGACAUUGAGGUGGACAAUGCAGACACAUCAUUGGAGACAGCUGGUUUUGUGGCCGAUGAUGGUCAACGCUAUGAGAAGGCAGUGAAAGCACAGGCGGCUGCGGUCAACACAAGAGCCAUUGGCGGUAUUGCCAAUGAUAGUAACGGUGGUGGGCGUUUAUUUGGGGUAGCCGCAACAUCCGCGUGUCCAAAAGAAUGCAAAUGCCUAGAUGCAUAUUUCGAUUGUGAUGAUAAACUUUUGGAUCGUGUGCCUACUUUGGCAGGCUACGUACAAAGACUCGAUUUAGUGGGCAAUAAACUAAACAAUACGAGUGUGCUGCAGAUAAAGAAUCUAACGGAAUUAAUACAGCUCACUUUGAAACGCAACCAACUGGAAAGCGUUCCCGUCUUCAGUGGACUUACCGCGCUAAAGCAGCUCAACUUAGCUAAUAAUCGCAUACAACGCAUCAGCAGUGAGGCGCUGGAAGCUUUACCGCGUUUGAAAACAUUAGAUUUGUCCAGAAAUUUUUUGCAUGCCGUGGAGUCCAGUUAUUUUCCAAGCAAUAAUCGUUUGGGGCAUCUCAUACUCAACACCAAUGAGAUUAGCAGCAUUGAUGAGGACGCCUUUCAGCAGCUUGGUGACUUAUUGGACUUGGAAUUAAACAACAAUCGCUUAGUGACACUGCCUGCCGGUGUCUUUCGCACACUACAGAAAUUGCGCAAACUCUCUUUAAACAACAACCAUUUAGAAAUCAAUUGGUCAACCUUUCGUGGACUCUCAUCGCUGCAAAAGCUGUUCCUCAAAUCCAAUAAUAUACGCACACUGCAGGAUGGCGUUUUCUAUGUGAUGCAUGCGAUUGAAACUAUCGAAUUGGAUCACAACGGCAUCACAUCGCUUAGCCGACAGGGACUCUACAAUCUCACCAAGCUACACCACUUAAGUUUAUCGAAUAAUUCCAUAUCGCGCAUUGAGUCCGACACAUGGGAGUUCACACAAUCGCUAAUCUCGCUGGAUCUAUCGCACAAUAACAUCAGCGAAUUCAAGCCGCAACAUUUAGAUUGUCUGAAACGUUUGCGUCAUUUGAAUUUGGGGCAUAAUAAAAUUCAGUACUUGGCCGAUAAUACUUUUGAUUGUGUGAAAAAUUUAGAGGAUCUGAAUUUGCGACGCAACAAACUGGCUUGGAUCAUCGAGGAUCCGGGCGCCACGCCAGCCUUCAAGGUGUUGCGCAAGCUCAAGAAACUCGAUUUAUAUGGCAACAAUUUGAAGCAGAUCAUGAGUAAAUCGCUAAGCGGCUUGGGCAGCUUGGAGUCGCUCAAUUUGGGCGGCAAUGCCUUGGCCACCGUACAGGCGGGCGCCUUCGAUCACAUGCCACACUUGCAAAAACUAAGCUUUAAGUCGUUGAAUUUCAUAUGCGAUUGUGAGUUGACUUGGUUCCAACGUUGGCUGCGACACUACAAGCAAUCAAGCAAUGGCGCGCAAGUACAACUGGAAAAUGCAGUUUGUGGCUAUCCGGAGGAAUUGUUCGAUCAUCAGCUGCUAGCUUUGAGCAGCAAUGAUUUGACGUGUGUAAACUCGCCGAAGCCCACCAUCAUACAGGAACCUACUAGUCAACUGACUGUGCGCGGCGCCAACAUCAGCAUGGAGUGCAUCGCCGUUUCACCAACGGCGGCAUCGUUAGCGGCCGCCGAUGAGCUGAAAAUUAAAUGGCGUCAUGACAAUCAAAAUAUACGUGAACGCGAACGUGGACACGUCUUCGCAAUGCAUCACAGUGGUGGCGGCAGUUACAGCACAACGGAAACACGCAUACGCCAAGCGGAAGGCACCAAUGAGACCACAAUUAUCGGCUAUUUGCGGUUGUACAAUGUUAGCUAUGCGAAUGCAGGACGCUAUCAAUGUGUUGUGUCCAACGCUUUUGGCACCACUUACUCGCAAAGAUUCAAAAUUUCUAUAGGCAUACAUCCAACCUUUUUGCAAGUGCCCUCAAAUCUAACCAUAGAUUCGGGUGAAACAGCGCGCUUGGUUUGCUCGGCCACUGGUGACCCAGUGCCGGAAAUAGCCUUGCAGAAGUUCGGUGGCAGUGACUUUCCGGCGGCAACGGAACGUCGUUUGCAAGUCAUACGUGAAGAGAAUGCCUUCGUAAUCACCAAUGCGAAGCCGAUUGACACUGGCAUUUAUACAUGCACAGCUGAAAGUGCCGCGGGUGAAAUUAAAGUCAAUGCCACUCUGAUUGUGAAUGACAAACCGCAGCCCAACAUACCGAUUGUGCGUAAAGAAACUGUAGUGGGUGAGUCGAGUGUUUUGCAGUGCCUGAGCGAAUUGGCUGCCGAUUUGAGUCAGCCACAUCGUGAAUGGUUCAAGGACAACAAGCCAUUCCAUCUGGGCACGCUUAGCGCCGAUACGGAGCGUUACUUUUUCACCUCCGAACAUGAACUUUUGGUCAUUGUGAAUACGGAGUCGGCGGACGCAGGUCAUUAUCGCUGCGAGAUUAGCGACAACUCAAAGACGUAUACCGUGCAAACGGAGCUAAUUGUGGUUAAGGAAGAGCUCAGUCAAAAUAUGAUAUUUUUCGGUGUGGUCAUUGUCGCUGCGCUUUGUGUGCUCAUCAUUGCUUUGGUAAUAUUUGCGCUGUGCCUGCACCAGCGUCGCAAAACAUUCAAACGUCGUCAGCGUGAAGCUUGCCAAAAUGCAAAUAGCACAAGUGGCGCGCCAAGUGGUCUGCUUUCGGGUAGCGCUGGCCUCAUAGCUGGUGGCGCGCGCAUUGCCUCGACCAGCACGCAACUGCUGAACAGUAGUCGUGGCAGCGCAUUGGAUCAAACACAACUCACCACACUCAACCGCACAUUGCUGCAUAAGUCAGAAAUAGAUGCGCAGCGGCAACGACCAAACAGUCUGGGUGACUUGGAGGCCGACGCAGUCAACAAUGGCGUUAAUGCGGAACAUGCUAAUCAACGACAAACACAUCAAAACUUGAUUAUCACGCACACACCCAAUUAUCAGCAGCUGUUGCAGCAACAUGCCAGCGAUGAUAUUGACAACGAUGCUGAGCACUUCACAUUGUCGUAUUUGAAGCGCAUUUCGUUGGCCGACAACACAGGCGUUGCCGCUGAGCAUAACCAGGAUCAGCUGUCUAGCAAGGAUUCCGGUACCGGCUCAGAUACGGCGGUUAAGCGUAGCAUAGAUGAUUUCACCAUAAACGGACUGGCGCCAACAACAACAACAACAACAGGUAGCCUGCAACGUACGACCGCACGCGCUACAACACCAGUUAAUGGCGACAAACCAACACAUGCACGUCGUGGCAAUGUUUACCGAGACGACGGCUUAGGCGACUCAUAUCCAACGGACGAUGGCGGCGAUAUGGACGAUGCGGAUUUGCUUUAUGCAGCUACGCAUGCGCUGGGCGUUUCAGAAUGUGAUGUGGAGUUGCUGGACUUCGAUAGACACCGGGCCGCUACGAUGCGCAUCGACGACAAAGACACACAAGCCGAACGAGAAAGCGUUGCGGACGCAGACACUGAUGCGACAAACGAGCGUACACAUUUCCUAAACAAAACCAAUUGUACAGAUAAUGACAAUACACGUGCGCAUACUACAAACAAUAGCGAACGCCAGCAACGCUACGAACGUUUACCGAGCACGGCGAACAUGCACUUUCCCACCAACUACAGCGGCAAUAGUUUUGAUGGCGGAGGACACGCCACCGGUUCGUCAAAUAAUCGCAAUGCAUUCAAUGGCAAUUGUAAAACCAAUUUAAGUGCUGCUAAUGCCACGAACACGGCGGCGCAUGCGCAAACCGUUGAUAUUUAAAUACACAACUGGAACCAAGCGUAAAGUUGUAGCACAUAUACACGCCAGUGUAUGUGUCACAACUAGUGAUGAUAGUACACCAAAAAAAUAAGACUGUAGUUCAUAAAAUUUAUAGUACACACACAUACCCAUACACACAGCCGUAAUACAAAUAUAUACCGUUGUAGUUGCAUUAAGUUGUUGGGAAAGUUGCAAUUAGCCACGCGAAAUCUGUGCUACAUGUGGCAGCUUGUGUCAUAUUGCUGCUAGCAAGCAUAUUUCUUGUCUACAUAACCCCACUUACAUUCUCGUAACUACACGUUGCAUAACAAAGUGUACUGUUCUGGCAAUUACACAAAGUGUCAUAAGCGUUAGCGUACGCCGCCUUGUGUCGCGCUAUUCUAGUAGUACAAAUCUGUUUCUCUGCGCUGUAAAUAAAUAAACUUACUGUUUUUCACGACGCCAUACGAAUUGUCGAUUUGCCGACUUGCCGACUUGCCGCUAUGCUGUGGCGUGUAAGAAAGUGCACGCCAGUGUUCAAGCCGCCAACUAGUCUAGUGAGCAAGCGUAUUGAAAGAAGUGACGGCUGUGGUGUUAAAUGCGUAAACAAAAAAAAAAUAUUGCACACCACACCAAUACCACCACGUGCACCAUUUGGCGCUAAACGCAGUUGUAUUUGUUUUUACUUACGUGUUUUGUUUGUUCUUUUUUAUUUCUAUGCUAAAUUAAUAUAAUUUUUAUAUACAUAAAUAAGUUAAACAGCUAAACAUUUCAUUGUGAUAUUAUUUAUUACGCUAAUUUAAAUUAUUAUUUCAAUAAUUCUAAUACAUAAAUGUUAAUACACACACAUAUAUACAUAUAUAUAUGUAUAUACUGUAAACAAACAUGGCUAUAGACAUUGUCUGCAAAACACUAUUUAAUGCUAAUAUGCACUAUUAGCAGCUAGCAUAGUUAAUUUUAAGCAUAAACAUAUUAUAUUAAAACAAAACAUUUUAGUUUAAGUUGAAAGUUAUGCCAAACCACCUAAUUAAUUGCACGCAUUGUAUGCCUUGCUUUAAGUAAACAUAAUUUUAGGCGUUAAAACACUGACAAGCGCAUAUGUAUGCGUAUGACAUGCCACAUAUGUGUAGCAAAACCACCUAACUACAGUUUAACUAUUUAUAUGCAAGCAAGCAAGCUUAGUGCGCGCUUAUUUACACGCUACUGCAGCACUCUACAAACGCUAGUAUUUUUGCGCCAGCGAACAGUGAAAAUUCAAAUAGUGUGCGGGAAAGUGAUUUGUUAAAAUAAACUUGUUUGUAAAAAUAUGUAAUACAGUGGUAUGAAUAAGCUGAGUUUGCCUUAAAUACAGCUGAUCAAAAUUGAAAUGGACUGACAAAAAAAAUUGGCAAAAAAAUUGACAAAAAAAAUUAUCAAAAAAAUAUUAACAAAAAAAAAUUUCACGUAUUUGGAUUUUAAUAAAAAAAAAUUUUAUUGUCGCCUUCAAGUUAGGUAAUUCAGCAAGUUUUCGUUGAUUUCACGUAUUUCAUUGAUUGCUUUGUGCUACCCAAAUACUUUUGUUCGCGUUAAAGUAGACUACCCAAAACACUUUUGCAACGUGUUUUCAUUUUCAACGUUGCCGUAGUCGUGCUUCCAUUGGAAACACAAAAUUUCAAACAAACUCAUUGAAUUUUUUCUUUGUUUUGCUUGGUAAAAAUCACCAGACAAUAUUGUUGAUCAAAUUUGAACCGGACUGAAGCAAAAAAAACUUAAAAUAGAUACAAAUCUUUAUUUUCACCUUCAAAUUAGGCAAUGAACCAAGUUUUCGUGGACUUCACGAUUUUCACUGAAUGCUUUGUGCCACUCGCAUAAUUUUUUUUUUCGAAAGUAUGUUUUUUAAAUUUAUCAAAUUUAUUUUUCGCGAUAAAGUAGACUUACUAAAAUACUUCUGUAACAUUUUCAACGUUUUCGUAGUCCUGAUUUCAUUGGAAAUAAAAAAUUUCAGGCAAACUUGUUUUUAAAUUUUUUUUUAUGCAAUAAAAAUCGCCGGAUAAAACUUUCGCGUCGUGUACAAACAGCUACUACCAAACGCAUACUAAUUGACUAGCCAUAUGUCAAACGUCACACAAACAAAAAAAAUACAAGGUUGUACCUAUCUAGGAAUUUUUUUUUUAAUUCGGUUUGUGACGCGCAGUUUAAAUGGGCUAGUCCGAGUUAAAUUUGAUCAGAUAAUUUUUUUUUUUAUGUAUAUUCAAAUACAUACUAAACAGUAUUGUUUUUGUUGCGCUACUUAUAACUAAUAAAAACGCAAAUGAACACUUGAACAUUGAAAAUACUAAUUUAAUUUUUUUUUUUACACUGUGUUUUUUAUACGUUUCCACGGGUUUUAGACAGCCAAGAAACAAAAAUUAUUUUUAUUUCGUAAUUUUUCACUAUUCCCGUACUCCUAAAUUUUGUAUUGCUGAAUUUUUAAUUUUUCAAUUAUUAAUUAAAAAUAAUUUUGGAAAAAAAAUUACCGAAAAAAAAAUUAUUCAAACAUAAAUUAACAGUUAGCUAUCAAAGCGCAAUUUUUCGUACCACCUUGUAUUUUAUACCAUAUUUCACAAGUAAAAAAAAAGUUCAAUCCCUCCCCGCACACUAUUGUUCAACAUAAAAAUGUAUUAUUUUGCAAACCCUCCGAUAUUUAUACUAUACAACUAAUUACAUAAAUACUUUAAAACACUAAAAUGCCCAACCGCAUAUGAAAGUAUAAAAUGCACAAGUGCUUUGUCGUAAGCUGCCUUUUUACUAUAUACAAAAUAUAUAUAUAACAAUAAGCAGCCAAAGAAAAGAAGCUUCCAAAAAUUAUAAAUUGCGUGCCUAGCUUAACUAUUAUAAAGACAAGCAAGCUUUUUUUUUCGAAAAUAUACUAAAUGAAAGUUAUUUA